AUGGCAGGGUUAAAAUUAAAUUGGGUAUUAUUCGUAAAUUUAACAAUAUGCGUUGUAUUAUCUAUAGCUGGAGAUUUUUAUAAUAUAUUAGGAUUAUCAAAUAGUGCUAGUACACAUGCAAUUAAAAAGGCUUAUAGACGAUUAGCAAAAGAAUUGCAUCCCGAUAAGAAUAAAGAUGAUCCAGAUGCUUCUCAAAAGUUUCAAGAUUUGGGAGCAGCUUACGAAGUGCUGUCAGAUCCUGAGAGAAGAGAAAUAUAUGACAAAUGUGGAGAAGAGUGUUUGAAGAAGGAUGGCAUGAUGAAUAGUAAUAUGGAUCCUUUUGCAAGUUUCUUUGGUGACAUCAAUUUCCAUUUUGGUGGAGAAUCUCAUCAACAACAUCAAACUCCUAAAGGUUCAAAUGUUGUAAUGGAUUUGUUUGUUACUUUAGAAGAAUUGUAUAGUGGAAAUUUUAUUGAGAUUACAAGAAAUAAGCCAGUUAUAAAGACAGUGAAAGGAACAAGAAAGUGUAAUUGUAGACAGGAAUUAGUUACUCGCAAUUUAGGAAAUGGUAGAUUCCAAAUGAUGCAACAGUCUGUAUGUUCAGAAUGUCCAAAUGUAAAAUUGGUUAACGAGGAACGUAUAUUGGAAGUAGAAGUUGAACCAGGAAUGGUAGAUAAUCAAGAAACUAAAUUUACUGCAGAAGGAGAACCACAUAUUGAUGGAGAACCAGGAGAUCUUAUAAUAAAGAUACAAACUAUACCUCAUCCUGUGUUCGAAAGGAAAGGUGAUGAUUUGUAUACAAAUGUUACGAUAUCUUUGCAAGAUGCCCUAUUAGGUUUCACAGUAGAUAUAAAACAUUUAGAUGGUCAUAUAGUGACUAUCCAGAGGGACAAAAUUACUAAACAUAGUGCCCGAAUUCGGAAAAAGGGCGAAGGAAUGCCUAAUUACGAUAAUAACAAUCUUCAUGGUGCUUUGUAUGUUACGUUUGAUAUUGCAUUCCCCGAUAAUGAUUUUACGAAUGAACAAAAAGAAGAUAUAAAAAAAUUAUUGCAACAAAGUUCUGUAAAUCGAAUAUACAAUGGUAUACAUGGAAAUUGAAUAUUUAAAUGCAGUAUAUGUACAAAGUGAGUGUAAAGUGAGUGCUUUGAUUGGAAUGUAUGACUUGAUAUUGUAUGUUUGUAUUAAGAGCGAUACUCUUGCUUCCUUAUUAAAGAAUACCAAAUAGAGUUGGUAAAUCCAGUGAUCAUACUGGACACAUACAUUUGAGUACAUAUACAAUUUUCUACACAAAAUCAAUAGCAAAUUUAUUUUAU